CGGGAUGUGACUGGCUGUGGGGCAAAAGGGGCGGGUCUUCUUUGGCGGGGUGUCCUUUCUCUUCCGCAGAGGGCUAUCGCACAGAAAGCAGGAUGGACCAGAUGCUCGGCCGUGCCAGCGCUCCGCCCGGUCCGGUUCUGCAGGUGUGUUUCCCGAGUGUCCGGGCGUCCGUUCUGGAGAAUCUGAACCGUCAGCGCGAGGAGGGUCAGUUAUGUGAUCUGUCCAUCCAGGUACAGGGUCAGGUGUUCAGGGCUCACAGAUGUGUGCUGGCCGCUUCAUCUCCUUACUUUCAUGAUCAGGUUCUCUUGAAGAACGUAACCACAGUGUCUCUUCCCUCCGUGAUGGAUCCUCUGGCGUUCGAGAGCGUGUUAACCUCCGUGUACACCGGACAGCUCAGCAUCGUGCGCGAUGACAUCGUAAACUACGUCACCGUCGCCAGUUUCCUUCAGAUGUGGCACAUCGUGGACAAGUGCACGGACAUCCUGAAAAGGUCACGCCCUUUAGCCCAGGUGAGCCCGAGCGGGGCGACCUCCUCGAGUCACCAGUCGCCCAGCAGCUCCGACUGCUGUUUCGUGGACGCAGAGGAGCUGGACAGAGGAGCGGGCGAGCAGACGGUCGCUCUAGAAAAGAGGUCGCUCGUCGCCGAGCACGGUGCGCUGCCUCCUCUGGCCACCUGGAGGCGACCGCAUCAGCAGCAGGGCAGGUGGGGCAGAAGCAGCCUCUCCGUCCCCCUCAAAGCGGAGUCUCCGCGGCCCGACCGCAACCCAGCGGGAAGCGACUACGCCUGCUCCGUCUUACCUUUGACAUCCGGCGUCGGCGGGGAAAACGAAGCUGAAUUCGGUACGCGGCACCGGUUCCGGACGCGUCACCAAAGAGUCCGAGAGGAUGAGGAGCAGAGGAAGAGAGGGCAGAGGUGGAUGGAGGCAGAUGAAGGGGUGGGAGAGCUCUUGGAGGACGAGAAAGUGAGGGUGAAGUGUGAGGAGCAUCAGGCCGGAGGCGUUGAAUCAGGGGGAUGUGUCAGAGAGAGAGAGUGUGGAGAGAGUGAACGGGAAGCGUGCGAUCUAGCUCGAUCAGAUCACGCUCGGUGGCACGGUAACGCCGAUUGGCCGGCGGCUUCGUGCGCUCAGUCGGACGGAAAGCUGUCCGGCAAAGGCUUCGGCGGAGGAGGCGUCGAGGAGGACGACGCCGCCGAGGUAGACGAAAUGGACAUCGCUCGCUUCGCGGAAGGUGGAUUCGAGACCUACGACGAGAUCGAGGAGGCCACGGGCCAAGUUUCCCAGAGGCCUUUGCUGCACGCUCCACCUGACGAGUUCGCGCCGGGACCGUCGGACCUCUCCUGGCCUCAAAACGUCUCUCCGACCUCGCGGCCCUCCUCUGUUCCUCCCUGUUCCUCUCCUCCGCUCACCUCCCCCUCCUCUCCUCUCUCUGGGACGCCCUAUGCGGGCAAAGUUCACUACUGCCACUGCGGCAAAGCCUACACGCUGAAGAGCAUGCGGGACCGGCACGUAAAGAUGCAGCACCUCAACCUCCGUCCGUUCGCCUGUCCCGUGUGCUCCAAGAGCUUCAAAAUGAAGCAUCACCUGACCAAACACGUCAAGACGCACGGAAGCCUGCGGCCGUACGAGUGCGCGUUUUGCGGCAAGAAGAUCGUCUGGAGAGACAGUUUCUUGAAACAUCAGGCACGCUGUCAGCGGUCGUCCGCCGCCGUGCCCGCCACCGUUACGGUCGAGGUGGCCGGUGGUGAGCCGGAAGACGAGUUGGCAUCUGCGAAUGCGGUGGGGCAAGUGAAGAAGGAGAAAAUGGCAGAAUAUUAAAUCUUAGCAGAGAUACACAGACUUUUCACAUGAAAUGAAUACAUGUAUCAACAAAUAUAUGUAGCAAAUCAAAAUAGAUGUUCCUGAGGUCAUUACUUUGAAAUAUUUAUUUGAGCAAAAAGACGCUUGAAAAUCAUUUGGACACCAGCAAGGUUACCUUCAUUCACUUACCACCAAUUAAAGUCUGUUGUUUGUUGUGUUUAUCAGAACUGUUGUGUUGGGUCUGUUUCACACUGACUGUGUCUGCAGACAUACAGAGACUUUACUUUUAAUGUUGUCAAUGAUUUUAAAGGGGUCACAGCAUGAAAAUCUGACUUUUCUUCAUGUUUAAGUGCUAUAAUUGGGUCCCCAGUGCUUCUAUCAACCCAGAAAAUGUGAAAAGGGUCAACCCAAUAACCAUUCUCUGCAAGCAUGUUCAUUGAAAUUUGUCUCCCCUUGUGAUGUCAGAAGAGGAUCUUUAUUAUAAUAAUAUGUCCCUUAAUCUGCACUAUCCAACCACAGCACUGCCAUUUAGUGCAGACAGAGAGAAGACUUCACGCGGCGCUGCAAGAAUCGACAGCCGGAUGAAGUCAAAGUUCUGCGAGAGCGUUUUAAAAGGAAACUCCUCUAUAUGAUUUUGCGAUUCGCUCUUGCGGUACUUUGACGUCAUCCGGCUGUCGAUUCUUGCGGUGUCGAAACAAGCCUAAUAAUUGACAGCACAAUUUGGUUUCAAUUUUAACAAACCAUCGAUCAGUGUUUGCAUUUCAUCAGCUGAUUUACAUGAAAUGUCCCUUUUAAAUAUAAACCUCCAGAUUCAGAAUGUUUGAAACAGACCUUUCAUAUCCUAAAUACUUUCUUAUUUAUAGUCCUUCUAAUAUUUCAGUGUGCCUUUUAUUUAUUGUCAAUAAAUCAUUUUCCUCA